CAUCCCACUUCCUCUUCUGCUGAUUUCGAUUUCCCCUCCAGAAAUGGCUACGAAUGUGGUGAAAGCGUCGUACUGGUUGUCGGACGGGGGGUUUCCGGCCGCCGGCAUUGACUCGCCUCUCUUCACUCAUCUCUUCUACGCCUUCGCUGAUCUCGACCCUCAAACCUUCCAAGUCACCGUAGCUUCCUGGAACCAGACCAAACUCUCCGCCUUCACUCCGACCGUCCAGCAACGCAACCCCAACGUCAAAACUCUCCUCUCCAUCGGCGGCGACGGAAACGCCACCGCGGCCGCGUUUGCAUCCAUGGCGAGCAACCCUUGGUCCCGGACAUCGUUCAUCGAUUCGUCCAUCGCAUUGGCCAGAUCGAACGGCUUCCACGGCCUCGAUCUGGACUGGGAAUAUCCGAGCAACGCGGUCGAGAUGAGCAACCUGGGGACGCUGUUACGGGAAUGGCGUUCUGCAGUUGCGGCUGAGGCCAGAGGCAGCGGCAAACCGCCUUUGCUGUUGACAGCCGCGGUUUUUUACUCGUCGAAUCGCUAUGGGGUUGACUAUCCGGUUCAGGCCGUUGCCAAUAACUUGGAUUGGGUUAAUCUCAUGGCUUAUGAUUUCUACGGACCGGGUUGGUCUAAUGUGACUGGUCCACCUGGUGCUUUGUAUCCUCCAAACGCAGGUCCGAGUGGAGACACCGGCGUAAAAGCUUGGAUUCAGGGCGGCGUCCCGGCGAAGAAGCUGGUUUUGGGGUUCCCGUACUACGGCUGGGCGUGGCAACUCGAGAACGCCCAAAACCACGGCUACUUUGCGCCCACCACCGGAAGAGCGGUAACGCCGGAUGGUGCGAUGGUUUAUGGUCAGGUACGGAGGUUCAUAGCGGAUAACGGAGUGGUCCCGGUUCAUGACCCGGCGGUGGUAGGAGACUACGUCUACGUGGGGACCACUUGGAUAGGGUACGAUGAAAUUUCGACAAUUGCGACCAAAGUCAGAUACGCUAAACAGAAAGGUCUGCUCGGUUACAUGUCCUGGCAUGUCGGAGGGGACGACAACUUUGCUCUCUCUCGCACAGCAUCACAGACAUGGGAUGCUACGGUGUCGGAUGUGUGAAAGAGAAUCAGAAACGACGCAGAAGUUGCUCUCUAUGGGUUACCAAUGGCUGCUCUACAAAAAUAAAAACGCCAUUAAUGGCCUGUACACGUUUACUUUCCUGUGAUCCUUCCUUGGUGAAAACCCGGAUGGGUGGCUUUGUUUGUGUAAUUGUGUAUGUAUUUAUGUAUUGCGUUGUGAUUGCGAGUGAAUGGAGUGAUGUUUGAAAGAAAACGUGUGUGUGUGUGUGUUUGUUGUGAGGGAGUUUUGUUUGAUA